AUGUUCCUCAUCUCCAGCAGUGUCCACGGAAGCGACCAGCACGGGCGCCUGCUCCGGAGGACGCUGAUGCGCUACGUCAACCUCACGUCCCUGCUCAUCUUCCGCUCGGUGAGCACAGCUGUGUACAAAAGGUUCCCCACCAUGGACCACGUGGUGGAAGCAGAAAGAGCUGGCAUCAAACCCAUCCUGCCUUUAAGCUCUGAGAUGCAGAACUUUUAG